UUCUGUUUCGCUUCAGCGCUAAGACCUGCUGCUGCAGGGUUUUCUUCCAAGGCACAGCCAACACUGCCACUACAUGGGGCCAACCACGCACCGAGACCAAGAUCUUGCGUCUGCCUCCUCUUUUUUUUUUUUCCUGCGGCCUGACAUCGGUGUCCCUUUUUAUUUCUAUUUUUAUUUUUGUUGUUGUUUUGUAUCUCGACUACACCGUCUGAAUCUUGCUCCAGCAGCUGGAUCUGUAAUUUACAGCGUGCUGCUCUCUGCCAACCAGUGUCUCAGGUGCUGCUUGUGGCCGCUGUUGCUGCCCUGCGACGCCUCUUUCCCGCCCUCAGCUUCACCAGCGUCAGCUGCCUCGCAGGCAUCACCAUAAUUACUACGCUCGGACUCGCUCUCUACUCACCGUCAACGGGCUCACGGUUUCAACGAGCAACAAUCCUACGAGCCAGUCUUUUCACCUUUAAGAGAACCACUGCGGCUUGGCUCUAGCAACUAGCCGUCUACUUGAGCCGUCUGCAACUCACCACCACCGUGUCCCUCCAACCCUUCGUCACCAUCAAACACAACCACCUUUCGAUAACCAACGUCAUGGUGCAGCCUCGUCUCGGGAUAUGAAAGUCAGGAGCUCUCGCCGAUCGCAAGGCUUAAAGCCAAGCGAUUACGAUCAUGAGAUUGUCCUUGUAAAUGACGACGAUGCGCCGUCAUCCACAUCCCAGGACCCCGCCCUCCAGGCUCAAAUAUCGAGAACGGGCACCGUUUCGCGCCUGCUAACCGAAGUCCGUGAUUCUAUACCAUCUACCAGGAGACAGGAUCUCGGGGAUGAAUCAGAAACCGACCGUUAUGGCAACGAAAGCGCCAAUGAGACGAACGCUACAAGCGCCUCGUCACCGCAGAUCCCAAGCGGCGAGCAGCGAGAUAUUCACAUUGGAGUCGGUCCUUCGAUAGACGUCCAAGCUCCGACACCAGCCCCCGUCCCUCCAGCCCACCAUUACCCCGAGUCCAAAAAGUCACGCGACAGACGAGAAACCGCCGUAGACAUAUUAUACGAGAACGAGAGAGGCGGCUUCCUAUGCGGAGCUGCGCUCUUUUCUUCAAAGGCUCUUGGCGGCCUGGAUGCCCCUCCAUGGACAAAUGCCUUUCAUAAACCCUCCUUAACAGACACCAACACAGCCCAGGUUCCAGACCCGUCUUGGGAAUGGGCUUGGCCAGAAUGGCGAGUAAAUCACCAGGACGGGAUGGAUGAAUUCGGAUGGGAAUAUUCCUUUGCAUUUUCCAAGCGCUUUUCGUGGCACACAGCAAAGUGGUGGAACUCGUUUGUCCGCCGCAGAGCCUGGAUCCGCCGCCGCGUAAAGAAGAGAGAAGACGAAAUGUGCUCCGAUCCUCACAUGUUGAAUACCGACUAUUUCACAGUUCGACCAGCUUCGCAGCGCACGCGCCUUAGUGGAAGCAGCAGUCUCAGUAGCCGCGUUCACAGCAAAACCAGUCUUUCACAGCUAUCGAAUAGCGAAACAACACCGGAGAAUCGAGAUAUUACCGAUAUUGUCAUGUUGAUGCAGAUCAUGCGGUCGUCCAGAAUCGAUCGUGAGAAACGAGAAGCUGUGGAAAAUUACCUCGAGCACGGUAAAGACCUGGAGAGUCUUGAGUCGGAGAUGCAUGAGAUUAUGUCUCUCUUCGUUUUCCAAGCCUCGAGACGCGCCCUUCUCUGCCACCUCAUGCGCAAACAUGACGAGACCAGCGCGGAGCUUGCCAAAGACGACACUUUGGACCUUCGCGAGCGCAAGGAUGCACUUGACGCAGCCGCUCGACACGCCGACGAAGAGGUCCGUAAGCUAGCAUAUUGGAGCGACAUUAAACACAUGGUUGCCAAUGGCGAAUCCAGGCUCAGCUUGGAAGACGAUCAGGCUUGCUUCUACGAAACAUAUGAGGGCAUCGAUGAUAGCGGCCCGCCGCCUCCAAACAAGGGCAAGCUGCCGGCUUAAAUGGCUCCUGCUGCUACAACCACAGUCUGUUUUCUUUUUGUACCGAAAUACCCCCUUUCCUCCGUCUUAUUUGCAUUUUUGGAUAUUGUUUGGCAUUACUAUUGCAUAUAACGGCUGCAUAAUUGGGAAGCGCAUCAUCCACACCACGACACUCCCUACGUCAAUUUCUUAGAGUAUUGUUUGUUGAGCGAGAAGGCCUCUGUCUCGUGCAGACAACUAAUGCAUAACUUAAUUGAUGAACAAGAGAGCAUAAAUAGAUUAUAUGUAUAUUUCAAUAUAUUUUUUUAUUCUC